CCCCUCUCCGGCCCACUUCAGCAUCCCUCCCGAGGCUCCGGCUCCUCGCCCGUCCACCUGUUUCCCCAGAAGGGCAGGAUCCUGGUCCCCGCGACGCGCCUGGGGCCAUGGCGGGCCUGGGCCCCGGAGGGGGCGAUGCGGAGGGGGGACCCCGGCCCCUGUUUUGCAGAAAGGGGGCCCUGAGGCAGAAGGUGGUCCACGAAGUCAAGAGCCACAAGUUCACCGCUCGCUUCUUCAAGCAGCCAACCUUCUGCAGCCACUGCACAGACUUCAUCUGGGGUAUCGGAAAACAGGGCCUGCAAUGUCAAGUCUGCAGCUUUGUGGUUCAUCGGCGAUGCCACGAAUUUGUGACCUUCGAGUGUCCAGGCGCUGGGAAGGGCCCCCAGACAGACGACCCCCGGAACAAGCACAAGUUCCGCCUGCACAGCUACAGCAGCCCCACCUUCUGCGACCACUGUGGCUCCCUGCUCUACGGGCUGGUUCACCAGGGCAUGAAGUGCUCCUGCUGCGAGAUGAACGUUCACCGGCGCUGUGUGCGCAGCGUGCCCUCUCUGUGCGGCGUGGACCACACGGAGCGCCGCGGGCGCCUGCAACUGGAAAUCCGGGCUCCGACCGCGGAUGAGAUCCACAUUACCGUUGGAGAGGCCCGUAACCUCAUUCCAAUGGACCCCAAUGGUCUGUCUGAUCCCUAUGUGAAACUGAAGCUCAUCCCGGACCCUCGGAACCUGACAAAACAGAAGACCCGGACGGUGAAAGCCACGCUAAACCCUGUGUGGAACGAGACCUUUGUGUUCAACCUGAAGCCAGGGGACGUGGAGCGCCGGCUCAGCGUGGAGGUGUGGGACUGGGACCGGACUUCCCGCAAUGACUUCAUGGGUGCCAUGUCCUUUGGCGUCUCGGAACUGCUCAAGGCGCCAGUGGACGGCUGGUACAAGUUACUGAACCAGGAGGAGGGCGAAUAUUACAAUGUGCCGGUGGCUGAUGCUGACAACUGCAGCCUCCUCCAGAAGUUUGAGGCUUGUAACUAUCCUCUGGAAUUGUAUGAGCGGGUGCGGAUGGGUCCCUCUUCCUCUCCUAUUCCCUCCCCUUCCCCUAGUCCCACCGACUCCAAACGCUGCUUCUUCGGGGCCAGCCCCGGACGCCUGCACAUCUCGGACUUCAGCUUCCUCAUGGUUCUAGGAAAAGGCAGUUUUGGGAAGGUGAUGCUGGCUGAGCGCAGGGGCUCCGAUGAGCUCUAUGCCAUCAAGAUCCUGAAAAAGGACGUGAUCGUCCAGGAUGACGACGUGGACUGCACCCUGGUGGAGAAACGCGUGCUGGCGCUGGGGGGCCGAGGUCCUGGUGGUCGGCCCCACUUCCUGACCCAGCUCCACUCCACCUUCCAGACCCCGGAUCGCCUGUAUUUCGUGAUGGAGUAUGUCACCGGGGGAGACUUGAUGUACCACAUUCAGCAGCUGGGCAAGUUUAAGGAGCCUCAUGCAGCGUUCUAUGCGGCAGAAAUCGCCAUCGGCCUCUUCUUCCUUCACAACCAGGGCAUCAUCUACAGGGACCUAAAACUGGACAAUGUGAUGCUGGAUGCUGAGGGUCACAUCAAGAUCACUGACUUUGGCAUGUGUAAGGAGAACGUCUUCCCAGGGACGACGACCCGCACUUUCUGCGGGACCCCGGACUACAUAGCCCCCGAGAUCAUUGCUUACCAGCCCUACGGGAAGUCUGUGGAUUGGUGGUCCUUUGGAGUCCUGCUCUAUGAGAUGUUGGCAGGACAGCCUCCUUUUGAUGGCGAGGACGAGGAGGAGCUGUUUCAGGCCAUCAUGGAACAAACUGUCACCUACCCCAAGUCACUGUCCCGGGAAGCUGUGGCCAUCUGCAAGGGGUUCCUGACCAAGCACCCCGGGAAGCGCCUGGGCUCGGGGCCCGACGGGGAACCCACCAUCCGCGCGCACGGCUUCUUCCGCUGGAUCGACUGGGAGCGGCUGGAGCGCCUGGAGAUCGCGCCCCCCUUCAGGCCACGCCCGGUCAGUCGCCCGAGGGGGCUGCUGGAGAAUAAAUUUGGGAUGCUGAUGCUGAAGUGUUUGGAUGUUUUCUUGUAA